GCAGGCCUGGGUUCCUUCGAACCCACCCAGGCGCUGGGUUUGCCUGGGUUCGUCGAACCCAGGGCUGGGUGCCACGAACCCAGGUGAUCUGGGUUCAGCCUAGGUUCGACGGACCCAGAUCGCCUAGGUUCGACGAACCCAUGCGUUGGGUUCAACGAACCCAGCUAGGUUCGAAGGAACCCGUCGCCUGGGUUCGACAAUCCCAAGCGUGCUGGGUUCGGUGCGAACCCAGGCAAGCGUGCUGGGUUCAAUGCGAACCCAGGCAAGCGUGCUGGGUUCGGUGCAAACGCAGGCAAGCGUGCUGGGUUCUUCGAUCUGUUGGGUUCUCGAUUUGCCAGGUCCAUAUAUCUUCCUUCCCUUGGUGAAGGUCCGCUGCUUCAACAAUGCAACUUUUAUCCAUAGGUAUAGAUUAGACAAAUCUUAUUAUUUAUUUAUUUCAACUUGCUCCUAUUUUCCAUUUUCUAAUAGGAUUUCUCUUUGCUUCUAGUAUUUGGAAAUACACAGAUAAAGACAUGACAACCUCUUAAUUUGUUUUUGCAAAUGAUUUUUAGUUGAAAGAUCACCCAUCAAAAAGAUGUAAUAAUCUUAACAAACAUUUUGAUAAUGU